UGUUUAUAUUAUUGUCUGCUGUAGUGUCUUCUGCAAUCGUUAUAAUUUUACGAAAUAUUUUAAAAUUGCAAGAAAAUGGAUAUAAAAGUUGAUGUGGAAUAUUGUGGGGCAUGUGGCUACAAGGAUCGUUUUGAAGAAAUGGCCAGCCAAAUACAUUCUACUGUUCCGUCAGCUGAGGUAAAUGGCACGGAGGGGCGAAGAGGUUCCUUUGAAGUGCAGGUCAACGGAACGCUGAUCCAUUCAAAGCUGUCGACCAUGGCGUUUCCAGACUUCAGCAACGUCGCGGAAAUAGUCUUGAACGCUGCUGAAGGGAAACCAGUUCAGCCUGUUUCCAAACAGCAGCCAAUCAACUGUGUCAUCAUAUAGUAGUUGUAUCAUCAGAGUAUUGUUUACAAGUGCCGUUUUAGUGCAUCACAAUGGACAGUGGUUAGACAUUUUUUUAUUAUUUAUUUAAUAAAUGUUUUAGUCUAUA